AACAAGAAAAACACUGUAACUCUCUGAACAAUGCCAGAGGACCUGAUGAUCCCUGCGGGGCACUACAAAGUGCGAAAGCGUUUCCGCCAAGAGGAGGUAACGCGCAAGAAGCGGGAUAUUCCCUGGCAAAAGAAGGUCUUGGACCUGGACAACAAUCAAUUGUUUGGCCGUACGGCCUGGGCGUGGUUCAGGAUCGUUGGCUUCUACCUCCUUCUAUACUUCUUGAUUUUCUUCCUCGUGGCAACGUGGUUGAUUAUAUUCCACUACGCGAUUAUACCCAAGGAUCAUCCCAGGUGGACGAAGGGAGCGCCGGGACUGUCCGUUGUGCCCAGCAACACCUCCACAAUAUCCUGGUACACUCAUCUGGAGAAGAAAAUCUACCCGAUAGCCGACACCAUCGACAAUGCCCUGAAAAACCUGUCGGCCAAUGCGGCUACGUUCUUCCACGAGUGCAACCCGGAUACGCUCUGGGGAUACGGUACAGCAAAAACUCCCUGCGUCUUCGUCAAAAUAAAUAAAGUGUACGGCUUUACGCCCAAAACGUACGACAGCGUCGAUGAUCUGCCAUCCAGUGCGCCCGACGAACUCGACGACAUAUUGGGCAAGUAUGGCGGCAAGAGCAGGAUCUGGCUGACUUGUAAGGUGACGAAGGGUGCGUCGCCCACCAUUGUCUACAUUCCGGGUCCCUACUACGAUGCCUCCAACAACAUGAAGGGAGUCACGCGCAUGGUAGCCCUCAAGCUAACGGAAAUGCCCCAGAACCAGGAGGUCAGUAUCAAGUGUGUGGUCUGGGCGAAGAACAUGCCCGUUGAUGAGAAGAUCCCCGGCAAGGGAAACGUCAAAUUCUCGCUUCGUAUGCGGGUAGAUUCGCAGACGAGGGACUUCUCUGAAUCUAGAAGGCUCCCGUUUAAGCCAAGGGCUCCACGUCCGCAUAUCCGAAAGACCACCAAAGCCGUUCAGAAACCGAAGAAAGCCAAGAAAAUGACAGAAAGUCCGAAAAAGCAGGAAGAUCAGGAAGAGGAGGAUGACGAUGACGAUGACGAUGAUGAAGACGAUGACGAUGCGGAGGAAGAAAACGAAAAAGAGACCACUACUCGGAAACGAGGAAAACAGAGAGUGACAGCCAAUCCGAAAAGUAAGAAAGUGACGGCGGGUCCGAAAAGAAAGAAAGUCACGCAGCACUCUAAAGAAGAGGAUGAUGAGAAUACGGAGGAAGAGGAGGAAGAAGAUGAUGAAGAUGAAGAGAUCGAUAAUCAGGAAGAUGAGACAGAGAAACCCAAUAAAAACAAGGCGCCCAAAAGCCCGAAAGAAAAGAAAGUGACGGCAAGUCCGAAAGGAAAGAAACUGACGGUGCGCCCGAAUAAAAAGAAAGUCACGGAACCUCCAGAGAGAAAUGUCACAAAAGAUUCGACAGCUCGGUCAACUCAGAAACAAAAGAAAGUGAAUCCGAAAAAAGCAACGGUGACAAAAAGUCAGAAAAGAAAUCCAGGGACGGUGACCCCAGAAGAAGAGGAAGAUUGGGAGGAUGAGGAAGAAGACGAGAACGAGACCACUACUCGGGCCGCCCGGAAAAAACCGAAGGUCAAACCAAGUUCGAAGCAAAAGAAACCGACAAGGACUCCGAAAAAACAAAAGGUGACAGAAGGUACGAACCAAAAGAUAGAGACGCACCCUCCAAAAAAAACCAACGAACCCACUGAAGUCCCACCGAAACCAAAAAAGCGAAAGGUGACCGAGAGUCCGAAAACAAAGAAGGUGACAGAAACAACAACUCCAGGACAUCCGGUAGGUGAGGAGCCACCAGUAGAAGAGGAAUUUCUUCCAGAAUUGACUGAAUUCAAUCCAUACUUCGAGGACUUAAGAACUAUUGAACAACACGAUACAACAGACGAACCACUUUUCUAUUGAAAUGGGAAUAUCGUUUUAAACGACCAGCCUUGGGAAUUUUCGCAUCAUUAUCCAUCCUACAACAGGAAAAUUUAUAU